UUUUGCAGGAUGCAUAGAGACAAACAUACACAUAAAAUCCAACUUCCCACACCUUGCCCUUUUUGGCAGACAGGCAAUGAUAAGAGGUUUGAAUGUCCUCUUCUCUCUGGACCAAAGUAUCUCUUCCAUCCACACCAUAUGUGGGAUACCUGCCCCCAGCCACAUGAAGCCUCUAAGCCCAGUGGCGGCCCUGCUGUCUCAAUGACGAUCAACAGAUCUUUGGGUGCUUACCCUUCCACCACAAUUGUCAACCCUACAAUUGUCCUUCUGCAGCACAACAGAGAGCAGCAAAAAAGGCUUAAUAGCCUUGCAGAUUCAGUGCCUGAUCCACCAGUCGCUGAUAAAGUAGAUGGUAUAUCUGUUCAACAAAAAUUAAAUCCAACCACAGAAGAUGCAGUAGAGAAACAGAAGAGAAUUGUCAAUAAUUCUCAGCAUAUGGCUGAUGAUUCUUUGGAUUCCAUAGGCAUUCCACUAAGAAAUUCAGAGCGAUCCAAGGACUGGUACAAGAUAAUGUUCAAACAAAUCCACAGAUUGGCAAAAGAUGAAGAUUCUGAUUCAUAUUUUCCACAGGACUCCUUUGGCAAAGAAGUAACAGCACAAACUUCAGUGCCCCGUUCCAAGAGUGAGAAUGAUACUAUCAGCACAGACAAGACAAUGAAGAGAUCGUUCACUUUGCCGCUGCCCGCUCGUUCUUCAUCUCUUAAAUCGAACUCUGAGAGGAAUGAUUGGGAGCCUCCAGACAAAAAAAUAGACUCGAGGAAGCACUGGGCCGAACCUAAAAGCAUUUAUGAAUAUCGUCCAGGGAUGUCCUCAGUUCUGGACAGUGAAAGAUUGGUAAUGCCUCGGGAUAUAAGCCCAGAAGAGAUAGAUUUAAAGAAUGAGCCUUGGUAUAAAUUCUUUUCGGAAUUGGAGUUUGGGAAACCGGUUGAUCCAGGAAAAAACCACUGCCUCUAUCAUACUGAAUUAGAUGCAGAUAUAGACAAAAUGGAGAAGCUUUAUAAAGCCCCAGAUCAAAAGCAACUGAAGAAUGCAGCAAGCUCCCCUCCACAGGAAACUCUUUCAGAGCAUUUGCCUCACUACCAUCCUGUAAAGAAAGAGUUGGAAUCAGAAUUUAGUCAUUUCACUGAGCUGGGAAAUGAAAGGCAGAUUUAUAAAAGUGUUUUGGACGGAGGAGAUAUCCCUUUGAAAGGGCUGAGUGGCUUGAAGCGUCCAUCCAGUUCAGCAUCCACAAAAGAUUCAGAAUCACCAAGACAUUUUGCAACACUUGAUUAUGUAGAGAGUCCUGAAGAAAAUUUCCAAAGGCGCAGCAGUGAUAAAGAGAAACUUUUAGAGGACCAGAGACGGCUUAAACGUGAGCAAGAAGAGGCUGAUAUUGCAGCCAGAAGGCACACUGGGGUCAUCCCUACGCACCAUCAGUUUAUCACUAAUGAGCGCUUUGGGGACCUUCUAAUUAGAGACGAUACAAUCAAAAGGAAAUCUGGGUCAGAGAUGAGAGCUGCCAGAGUGAAGUUUGACUUUAAAGCCCAGACAUUAAAGGAACUCCCGUUACAGAAAGGCGAUGUUGUUUACAUUUAUAAGGAGGUGGAUCAGAAUUGGUACGAAGGCGAACACCAUGGACGAGUGGGUAUCUUCCCACAAUGUUACAUAGAGUUACUUAACCCAACAGAAAAAAUCCAAACUAAAAAGACUUCACCACUGCAAAUCUUGGAAUACGGAAAUGCAGUUGCCAAAUUCAGUUUCACUGGAGAUACCGCUGUGGAAAUGUCCUUCAGGAAGGGAGAAAGAAUCACACUGAUUCGACAGGUAGAUGAGAACUGGUAUGAAGGGAAAAUCCUUGGCACCGUUCGCCAAGGCAUCUUCCCUGGCUCUUAUGUGGACGUAGUUAAGCAACCAGUGCUGAAAGAUACAUCAGGCUAUGCCUACCGACCGCCAAAUUGCAGCCUGACUUCUCCACAGCCUUCACUGAGGCCAGGACCCGAACUCACAGAAUCGGAAAAGAACUAUGUGCAACCUCAAAUCUUGCCAUUAGAAACUGGCCUGGACCGGAAUCACGCCACACGAGAAAUGCUUACCUAUCGAGCACUUUACAGCUACGCCCCGCAGAACGAUGAUGAGCUGGAGUUAAGAGAUGGAGAUGUCAUAGAUGUGAUGGAAAAGUGUGAUGAUGGCUGGUUUGUUGGCACAUCAAGGAGAACCCAACAGUUUGGGACUUUCCCAGGAAACUAUGUGAAACUGCUCUCCUUCUAGAAGCAAUGGGCAACCGCUUUGUUUCACCCCGGAGGAGGACCUGAGUGUGAUCCUUUUUAAAACAAUCCUUGGGAAAGAGAAGUUUUUGAACGGGAGUAGUCAAGACAAUAGGAGCGUGCACACGGAACGUGGUGAAAUGCUGGAGAUAGGCUGCAAAGUUCCUGCUUCCUUUGAGCGUGUAUGGAGGAGAGGAGACAGGAUGAUGAGCCGUUAUACUCUGCUGUGUUUGUUUCUGUUUUUAUUCAGCUACGGGAAAAUAACAGAAGGAAACAAAACAGGGUUUCUGUUGGCAAAGGAAGAAAAGGAGGGAGAUUGCCCGGAGCAGAGGGUGUAGACUGCUUAAACAUCCUGCAGCUUUUGUUUGCUGUUUAUAGGAAAGGCCAAGUUGUCACCAUUCAUGGAGCUCUUCUUCUCCCAAGGCCAUAAACCCCAGAAGGAAUUGUAGAGGUCUGACCACAUUGUUCUAGUGGUUGACAGAUUCCAGACCGUACGGCUAGAAUAAAGGAAGAUGGAAUAGAUGGCUCCACCAUAGUCUAUUUGGAUUUAUUCUGCAAAAUAUUCCUGAAUGUGCCUUUCUAGAACUGAUAAUAUAAGUAAUUUCUGGCUGCAUCUUUUUUUUUUUAAAUAAAACUAGAAAUUUGGUCAAACUUAUACUGUGCACACUUGUUUGGAAGUAAACCCCAUUGAAUGGAUUGACAGUUUCCCAUUGCUGGACUUUAUUUCCGUUUUUUUUUAAUAGUCAUUUUGAUUGCGAUUUGCAUCACGAUACACUAAAAUAAACAUUGCUUCUGCUGUGUGUUUUUUUUUAUAGUCAAUAGCAAGAGAUUCACAUUCAGCAUACUUUCUUUCUCUUACGCAUUAGUCUGCGGAACAGGCAUGUUUAGUUUUCUUCAUCCCGAGAUCAGCCAAAAACAUCAACUGAAGUGCUUUAAUAACAUGAUUGUAGAUAUGUAUAUUCCCCUUUGUAAAAACAUAUAAGUCCUAUAUUGCAAAUUGAAAUAUAAAAAGGAGUCUUUUAAAACGUUUUGAGGAGGACGCUUCCGUUUUAUUUAUUAUCACACUGAAUAAAUUAGUGCUUGUGCUACAAAAUGCUGUUUUUCAUCAGAGUUAGCAUCCUUGCUUCAAUUGCACUAAAAUUGGCUUAGUGUGCUAAGCAGCUUUGUGCUCAAAGUUUUUAGAACGCCAUCCAUUUCUAGCCUUGAAGCAGCUGGUUGAGGCUGAGAUCACUUGGGGUGUUUGAGACCACUCAGCCUGGCUGCGGUGGGAAGGUUGUCAGUUCCCAAAAUACAUAUAGAUGGCAUGGCUAAUCACAAAACACCCCUUUACUAUAAGGUGAACAAGAGCGUCAAGAGUUGCCAACCAUCCUAGUAGGGUGCAAGGACAUUGUUCUAGAUCAAAAUUCCUAUUUAUUUUAUUUAGUAAUAUAUUAAAAAAAAAAAAGAGGCGUAGUCUACCCUGUUUUAAGGGACAUUUGAAUAUUUUUAUUUUAGGAUUGGCAGUCAAGUUACAGAACUGAAUCAUUUUAUUUUGCAAAUAUUUUAACAGUAUUGGUAAGCAUGUAACUAUCACGAUAGCAUUUUAAUUAUAUUUAUAUUUCUGCAGACAUAGUUCUAAGCAAGAAGUUAUUGUCUGUUUGUUUUAUUUUACAGAGGAUUAUUUACAGUUAACAAAUGGAAAUGUUGAAAGCAUGUUUCUUUGUGUAAAAUAUUAAAUA